GUGUGCCGUGCCCCGUGCCCGGCGCCGGCAGCAUGGACAAGACGGAGCUGAUCCAGAAGGCGAAGCUGGCGGAGCAGGCGGAGCGCUACGACGACAUGGCCUCCUGCAUGAAGGCGGUGACCGAGCAGGGCGCGGAGCUGUCCAACGAGGAGCGCAACCUGCUCUCCGUCGCCUACAAGAACGUGGUGGGCGGGCGGCGCUCCGCCUGGAGGGUGAUCAGCAGCAUCGAGCAGAAGACCGACGCCGGCGACAAGAAGCUGCAGCUCAUCAAGGACUACCGCGAGAAGGUGGAGGCCGAGCUCAGGUCCAUCUGCACCACCGUGCUGGAGCUGCUGGACAAGUUCCUGAUAGCCAACGCCAGCAGCCCCGAGAGCAAAGUCUUCUACCUGAAGAUGAAGGGAGACUACUUCCGGUACCUGGCCGAGGUGGCCUGCGGGGACGACAGGAAGCAGACCAUCGAGAGCUCGCAGGGAGCCUACCAGGAGGCCUUUGACAUCAGCAAGAAGGAGAUGCAGCCCACGCACCCCAUCCGCCUGGGGCUGGCCCUCAACUUCUCCGUCUUCUACUACGAGAUCCUCAACAACCCCGAGCUGGCCUGCACCCUGGCCAAGACAGCGUUCGAUGAGGCCAUCGCAGAGCUGGAUACACUGAAUGAAGACUCCUACAAAGACAGCACUCUCAUCAUGCAGCUGCUUAGGGACAACCUCACACUAUGGACAUCAGACAGCGCAGGGGAAGAAUGUGACGCUGCAGAGGGUGCAGAGAACUGAAGGCUGCACGUGGGGCAUCAUCUCCCCUCCCCUCCCUCCCCUCCCCCUCCUCCAGAAGCCUUUUUACACUCUCCAUUCCUCCCAGCUCCCCUGGGG